AUGGCCGACCAAGAACGUUUCAACGUCCUCAUCUUCAGCAAGACCUCCUCAUAUCGCCACGACUGCAUUCCAGUCGCUAUAGACGCCAUACAAGGGUGCGGCCAGCAGACGGGCCUGUUCACGACAUUUGCGAGCGAAGAUGCCGAGGCCGUGAUGACCGCCUCAGCCCUGGAGAAGUGUCGCGUCGUGGUACUCCUGCAUUGCACAGGAGAUUUCCUGUCUUUCGCCCAGACUCAAGCACUGAGAGAGUUUCUGCGCCGCGGCAAUGGCGUUGUGGCCACCCAUGGUGCGGCCGCCGGCAUGUUGAGCGACAGCUGGUACGGUGAUCUGAUUGGUGCUCACUUCGACAUGCAUCCCGACCCCGAAGAGGGCAGUGUGGUUGUGGAAGAGGCCAAUGCGAACCAUGAGAUACUCAAGGGAUGUGGCGGGUGUCAUUCCUGGAACGAUGAAUGGUAUAACUUUACGAGCCACCCUCGCGAUAAUGAAAGGCUACAGAUCUUGCUAAAGGGCGACACCGCUUCGUUUCAAGGGGGAAAGAUGGGUGAGGACCACCCAUUGUCGUGGUGUCAGGAGUUCGAGGGUGGUCGAGUCUACUAUACAGCGCUUGGACAUUUUGACGAGGCUUACCGGAAUUACUGGUUCAUGCAUCAGAUCAAGAGAGGUAUACUGUGGGCUGCCGGACGGCAGGAAGCUGAGAGUUGA